AUCUUUAACAAUUCCACCCAAUCUAUGGUGGAAGUAAAGCACUUUCAGUGCCUUCUCAUGCUCUCUUUUCUCCUCUGACAAGGUAUGAAUCUUUAGCCCUCUGCUUGAUCUUCCUCUGUUUCUUGCCAUGGGUUUUGAUCAUAGAAAACUGCUCCAAGCAAAUAGUUUCAAGUGUGAUAAUUAUAGAUAUUGUAAUGAAUCUCAAAACCCAUAUGGGAUUUGCGUACGAUCAUGCCUUUCAAUCUGCCCUGAGUUCUGCAAGAAUUUUCCUGGACGUCUUCCACCACCGAGACCUGAAGGUCUUCCACCACCGCCAUUUGGUACCGAAAAUCACCUAUUAAGGACUGUUAUGUAUAUUGUGACAUGUUUGAUUGGUGGUCUUCUUCUUUGUGCUAUCUUCUGUACACUUAUUAGAAUGUAUUAUUUUAGGAGGAACAAUAGGAGGAGGAUUGAGGGUAUAAUUUUUGAUAUCCAGGAAGAUUUUCUUGAUGAAGAUCGUGGUCCGCCAAUUGACAACCCCUUUUGGAACAUCAACACUGUUGGUCUUCCACAAUCAGUUGUUGAUUCGAUCACGGUCUUCAAGUAUGGUAAAGAUGAGGGGUUGAUUGAUGGAACGGAUUGUUCUGUUUGCUUGAGUGAGUUUCAAGAAGAUGAAAGUCUUAGGCUUUUGCCCAAGUGCAGUCAUGCUUUUCAUAUUCCUUGUAUUGAUACUUGGUUGAGGUCACACAAAAAUUGUCCCUUGUGCCGUGCCCCUGUUGUCUGUGAUGCAAUUGUUGAUCGAGCUAGUGUGUCAGAAUCUCACGUGAAUCAUUCAGGUUCGAGUGAAGAAACCCUGGUGGGGAAUUCAGAGAAUUAUGAACUGGGGAGCAAUGAUGUUGGAGAGGGUGGAGAUGGUGAGAGGGUAACUACAGAUGGCAAUUUAGGAACAUUCCCAACUGAAGCAAAAAGUACCGCUGGAAGUUCAGAGAGAAGCUUGCCUCAUUCAAAAUCAACUCGAGUACUCAGUGAUUUGGCUGGAAAUAGGCAAGUGGUGGAAGAAGAUAUGCAGCCCAUGAGGAGGUCAGUUUCAUUGGGUUCAUUUUCUGCAGUGAUGGUUUAUGGUGCUGUUGCUGGUCUUAAACAAUGUGAGCAUCAAGAAAAUUCAGAAACUGGACCGGUAAAGGUAAAAAAUACAAAGUCUAAGGUUGUUAGCGGAAGUUCGAGCAAAGGCAAAAUGAUAAAAAGUCCUUCAGUUGGUCCUUCUGUGUCAAAGGGGCCUAUUUCAGUGAAAAGGUGUCUCUCAUCCGGUGGGAAGUUCCUGUUACGCAGAGACAACAGAAGCGAGGACUCCAUCCUUCCCUUGGAAACUUAAGGUCAGUUAAACAGCCAAAAUUAUUCUGUGGCAUACUCCAGUAGCCUAUUCAGGAUGGUUUUGCCUCGAAAUGCAUGGUAAUUUUGUAAGAUGUAUCAGUGUAUGGAUCCAAAGAAUAUUGAACAGACUCUAGCUAUAGACUGAGUCUUCAAAUGGUUGAUAGUUCUUGUAUACGAAUUUUCGUUCUUAGAUGUUAUCUAAAGAAGGUAGUUUCAAGUGAUUACUUUUGACUGCUUUGUCCUAAAUUCUGGAUAGCUUCGAUGAGUUUGGUUUA